AUGGCAUUCAGCACUUCCGAUAGGUUCGUCAAUUCCUGCAUGGCCGUCACUUGCGAAAAGUGCGGCAAGACCACAUGGAAAGGCUGUGGCAGACACAUUGACGCCGUCUUUGCCAACGUGUCCAAGGAGCAGCAGUGUACCUGCCCUCGUUCAUGA